AUGAGUCAAAGUAUGAAACGAGAUGAGGUGGGGGUGUUCAAGGAUCCGACCUAUGUCACACCAGAGAAGCCGAGGAAUUGGGACAGAAAUGCUGAGGAGUUUGGCUGUAUGGUCAAUGGUCCCUUGAAUGCCCUGUCCCAGUCUCCCAGUGGGAAUCAGUUGGUAGUUGCAGGCCGUGAUGUGUUGCAGAUCAUCGACCUGUCCAGAGACGAGUGCCACCCGUCACAGAAUCUGCGUGUGAUGCGCAAGCAUCUCAACUACAGCAGUUACGACGUGGAUUGGCAUCCCCAUCCUUCAUGUGGCAAUUGGAUAGCUACUGCGGCAAGCAACGGCGCCAUAGUGCUUUGGGAUCUCAAUUUGGCAGAUGUCAAGAAAACGGCCCGGAUAAUCAAAGAGCACGGGAGGUCAGUGCAUCGUGUGCGGUUCAAUGCGUUGGAACAUCACAUGCUGCUGAGCGGAUCACAGGACGGGUCCAUGAAACUGUGGGAUCUGAGAACCAAGAAUAAUCACAUACAUUCCUUUGAAGGACGAGCCGAGAGCGUGCGCGAUGUAGGCUUCAACCCCCACAAUGGCACCACAUUUGCAGCUGCCUUUGAGAACGGGUCAGUGCAAGUGUGGGACAUUCGUAUGCCCACCACGUGGGAAUCUCGCAUUGCGGCGCACCAGGGACCAACGUUCUGCAUCAAUUGGCAUCCCGAAGAUCGGAGUGUGCUGGCGAGUGGAGGCAGAGACAGGGUUAUCAAGAUUUGGCGGACGGGAGGAUCUCACCGUGCGGCCAACUCGGGAGGGGAGUGCUUGGCAUCCGUGCAGACCAUUGCGUCGGUGUGCCGUGUGCACUGGCGACCCAAACACAGAUACCAGAUAGCCAGUUGUGCUCUUGUCACCGAUAAUAGCAUCCAUGUGUGGGACUUGAGGCGUCCGUUCAUCCCCACUGCGUCCUUCACACGGAACAGUGAUCUUGUCACAGGUAUGGAAUGGCACGUCAACGGAGAAGGCAACUCGCUGGUGUCGGUGUCCAAGGACAAGCAGAUGUUAGUGCAUCACUAUACCAAGGUCAGCUUCAAGUGGUGUAGUUGGCGUUACAUCACACCACGCACGCCCACACGACUGUGCUUGUACGCGGGUCAGGCCGAGAGACCGGCCAAUCACGUGCCGUCGACGUCUCUGGCUUGGCGGACGGACGAUAACGUGUGCGUGGUGUACGGCAAGGUGUCCAUAGAACCAGACAUAUCCCCAGAGCCCGUUGCCAUGGCAACCGACGCGCUUUCGGCGGCAUCCAAGGGCUAUUUUAACCGAUCUAUGAACACAAUGGCGAACAUGGGGAGCUCCAGGGGCAUUCUGCGGGCCGAAACGGAGAACAAACUCAUCACAAUACCUACACCCACACCGUAUGAGGUCAACCCUCUGAUUAAGACACACAUGCUCAACGAGCCAGAGGGGGGCAGCACGCUGGAUGACGACGGGGAUAGAGACGGGGGUACCUUUGCGCCUGUGCCUGUAUCUGUAUCUGCACACACGCAUGCACCUCCAUCCGGGAAGAAACAGGGCCCGGGGAGGGACCGAGAGCCAUUUAGGGCUGGAAUGGACCCGUUCACUUAUAUGGCCAGGUACUAUCUGCUGUCGCUGCCAAACGAGACACCCCCCGAACCCCCUGAGAGCACCGCACCCCUACCCGGGGUAAGCGAAAGCCCACACACAGGGAGCAACUCAGGCCCACACCCACACACACUGGGUAAUAGGCCAGGCAAACCCACAGGCAUAUCUACUAAAACCACAGACACGGCUGCCGACACUGCCCCUUCACACCCCGGCCAAGCACCCGAAUCACUCGCGGCGCUGACGUCGGUGACUGAUCUGUGCCACCACAACGCGCACGUGGCGUUGGCGUGUGGAGAGAUCGCCACAGCCAACACGUGGCAGAUCCUAGCCAUGAUGCUGAGUGUGCUAGGGUCACCCCUACGCACGGGUAAUGGAGGUGUGCAUGGGGCUGGGGGGCCGGGGGGGGGCAAUGAGGGGGGUCUGGAGAGAGAGCGAGAGAUGCGUGAAAGGGAACGGCCCCGGGUGCGUGAUAAGCUACUGUACUUUGACGACGGGCCGGGAGACGACCGCGAUCGUGACUUGUUGAGACAGAACUCUGGGCAUUCUUCGAAGUCCCCUGCUUUACAGUCUGAUCUAGGAUCGUCCAAUCAAACGGAGGGAUUACUCGUCGGGAGUACUCUGGAAGCGCUGAGCCAAUCGCCGUCAAGAUCGUCGCACCUGUGUAAGAUUCUUACUCAGUGUGGUGGGGGGGGGGGGCAGGGGCCAGUUCAUAGAACACAGAAACUUCCGUCCGACACAGCCGAGAUGUUCGGUAUCUCUUCUCAGCGCCAAUCAGAAGCGCCUCACUUGUCCACGCAGCUGUCUGGAGGAGACCAGACACGCGCAGCCUCACAACAACAACAACGCGCACACACUCUCUCUCUGCCAGGCCCAUCGGCAAAGCGUAUCCUGAGUUUGGGGAGCAAACUUAACAACAGCACGCGGACGGGUGUGGGGGGUAUGGUAACCCACCUCACAUCCAGCCCCAUUCCCAGGGGUAACCAUGGCAACGAGCAACUGGGGGAAAUGAUUGGCGGGGGGAGCCCGCAGGGGAGGAAUAUCAGUCCGAGAAGUGCGGAACAGCAGGUGCGACAGGCGCACCAACAGUUCAGCAGAGAUCGCAGCGGCAUCUUCAGCUACGGCAGCGUAUAUAGUGAGCGGUACAAACCGGUACCACGUGAGGUUGACCUGCACUCGACAUCGAGCUCAGACGGGCACAGUACUGACAGCAGCAGCAACAGCGACAACGAUACGGACGAAGGAAACGACCUCAACUUAGCACAGGACAUAUUCGAUCUCACCUCACCCCUCGCCAGUGUCAGUCUGAGCUCACAAGAAUCGUUUCUGAUUGGUUAUGAGUCUUGGGUUAAGACCACUGCCGACACAGCUCGGUCCGCAAACCCUGGACCUGCUGCCACCCUGGACGCACACGGCAGAGAUCCCACAUGGACAUCUCAGUCCAGAAAAACACAGACCUCCCCCUGGGCGACGCCGGCUAUUGUAGCGGAUGUGCUGAGCUUUAGUGCAGACCAGGCAACAUACACACACUCAUCAAAACACACCAAAGACCUACAGGCAUACCUGAUCAAGUCAUGCCCACCAUCCUUGUCCACAUACACACACCCGCAGGGCGAUGUGCAGUUCUGCUGUACGCUGGUGCAAGUGUUGGGGUGCCAUGUGGAGUCCUUGCCACGCUCGUUUACGCAGCAGAUGUUUGAGGAGUGGUUCUCGGCCUACAUAGAUAUUCUGCACAGACGCAGUGAGUUUGCGCUGGCGAAUGUGCUGAUCAAGCAGAGCAUAGUGCCAGCCAUCAAUGAGAUCAAUCAAUACAUGCCUGAAGCCGCUGUUAGGCAACGGACCCGGUUGCAAGCACUGUCACUCGAGACUCAACAGCUUGUGCAGCCUUUGUCGCCAAGUGGUGGGAGGCCCGUACUUGUGGUGCCAGGGGUGUGGCCAUGGAGGACACUUGCAGCACAUGAACGAUUGGUUUACCAAACAGGUGUUAUGCCCUACGGGAUGUGGCCACCAGUGCACGUUCCGGUAGAAAAUAUAUAG